AUGGUCCUGAUCUGGCUCCUAGUAUUCAGUCUGCUCCAUCCCAGCGGGCAGGCAGCGUGGGCCCUGGGCCUGACUCAGCCAGAGCCCCCCAGAGAGACGGAGACCCGAGCCCCAGAGGGCAGGCUCCGUAGGGAUGCCGGCGGCCGAGGCGGUGUCUAUGAGCACCUCGGCGGAGCGCCUCGGCGCAGGAAGCUCUACUGCGCCACCAAGUACCACCUGCAGAUCCCCCCCAGCGGCCGGGUUGGCGGCAGCCUGGAGAACAGCGUCUACAGUAUCCUAGAAAUCACAGCGGUGGAGGUUGGAAUUGUGGCCAUAAAGGGGCUGUUUUCUGGGCGCUAUCUGGCAAUGAACAAGCGGGGGAGACUUUAUGCCUCGGAGAAUUACAAUGCCGAGUGUGAGUUUGUGGAGAGGUUACACGAGCUGGGCUACAAUACUUAUGCCUCCCGCCUGUACAGAACAACAUCCCAUGGGCCUGGGGCCAGGCACAAAGCCAGUGCCGAGAGACUCUGGUAUGUCUCCAUCAACGGGAAAGGCCGACCCAGGAGGGGUUUUAAAACCCGCCGGACCCAGAAAUCUUCUCUCUUCUUACCCCGAGUCCUAGAUAACAAAGACCACGAGAUGGUCCGGCUCUUCCAUACCGAUGUCCAGUACCGGGAGAGCCUCAGGAAGCCAGCGGACAAGAGUGAGAGAAGGAGGAGGCAGGGACACUCACCGGCUCUGGAAGCUGGAAGGGAGGCAGCCAUGCCUGAGAUUCCUUCUGUGGGCACAUCGCCCUUUCCCGUGACACUCUGA